CUCGGCGGCGGCGGCGGCGGCAGGGGGAGCUCGAGCUUCGCCUCUCACGGGGCUGUCCCGCGGCGAAGGGGACCCCGUGGGCGCCUGUGUCCGAGCGCAGAAGCCGGGGAGCUGGUUCCGGGCUGAAGAGGGAGACAGGCCGCCGCGGCGCCGGAGGAAGGAGAGGAGCCGGGCUGGAAGAGGAAGAUGCCCAGUGCGGACGUUUUCAUGUUGAAGGCCUUUGAGCCCUACUUCGAGAUUUUGGAAGUAUAUUCCACAAAGGCCAAGAAUUACAUAAAUAGUCAUUGCACCAAAUAUGAGCCCUGGCAACUAAUUGCAUGGAGUGUCGUGUGGACCUUGCUGAUAGUCUGGGUAUAUGAGUUUGUCUACCAACCGGAGAGUUUAUGGUCAAGAUUUAAAAAGAAAUGCUUUAAGCUCAUCAGGAAGAUGCCUAUUAUUGGUCGAAAGAUCCAAGAUGAGUUGAACAAGGUCAAGGAUGAUAUUAGCAAGAACCUGUCAUUUCUGCAAGUGGACAAGGAGUAUGUGAAGGUUCUGCCCUCUCAAGGUCUGACCUCGUCUGCUGUUCUGGAAAAGCUCAAGGAGUACAGCUCUAUGGAUGUCUUGUGGCAAGAAGGACGAGCCUCGGGAGCGGUGUACAGUGGGGAGGAGAAGCUCACGGAGCUCCUCGUGAAGGCUUAUGGAGAUUUUGCAUGGAGUAAUCCCCUGCAUCCAGAUAUCUUCCCAGGACUACGGAAGAUAGAAGCAGAGAUUGUGAGGAUAGCUUGUUCCCUUUUCAAUGGGGGACCAGAUUCCUGUGGAUGUGUGACCUCUGGGGGUACAGAAAGCAUACUGAUGGCCUGCAAAGCUUAUAGGGACCUGGCCUUCGAGAACGGGAUCAGAACUCCAGAAAUUGUGGCCCCCCAGAGUGCCCACGCUGCAUUUGACAAGGCAGCCCAUUAUUUUGGGAUGAAGAUUGUACGGGUUCCACUAAACAAAAAGAUGGAGGUGGAUGUUCGGGCAAUGAGAAGAGCCAUCUCCAGGAACACUGCCAUGCUCGUCUGUUCUACCCCACAGUUCCCUCACGGUGUGAUAGACCCUGUUCCUGAAGUGGCCAAGCUGGCUGUCAAAUACAAAAUACCUCUUCAUGUAGAUGCUUGUCUGGGGGGCUUUCUCAUCGUCUUUAUGGAGAAAGCAGGAUACCCACUGGAGCAGCCAUUUGAUUUCCGGGUGAAAGGUGUGACCAGCAUUUCAGCGGAUACUCAUAAGUACGGCUACGCCCCCAAAGGCUCUUCCGUGGUGUUAUACAGUGACAAGAAGUACAGGAGCUAUCAGUUCUUCGUUGAUCCAGACUGGCAAGGUGGCAUCUACGCUUCCCCAACCAUCGCGGGCUCACGGCCUGGUGGCAUUAGUGCAGCCUGCUGGGCUGCCAUGAUGUACUUUGGUGAGAGCGGCUAUGUUGAAGCUACCAAACAGAUCAUCAAAACUUCUCGCUUCCUCAAGUCAGAACUGGAAAAUAUCAAAGGCAUCUUUGUUUUUGGGGAUCCUCAGAUGUCAGUCAUUGCUCUGGGCUCCCAUGAUUUUGACAUCUACCGACUGUUUAAUCUGAUGACUGCGAAGGGGUGGAACUUGAACCAUCUGCAGUUCCCGUCCAGUAUUCAUUUCUGCGUCACGUUAGUACACACCCGGAAGCGAGUAGCCAUACAGUUCCUAAAGGACGUCCGAGAAUCUGUCACUCAAAUCAUGAAGAAUCCUAAAGCAAAGACCACAGGAAUGGGUGCGAUCUACGGCAUGGCCCAGACCACUGUCGACCGGAACCAGGUGGCGGAACUGUCCUCCAUCUUCCUGGACAGCCUCUACAGCACAGACGCCGUACCUCAGGGCAGCCAGAUGAACGGCUCUCCGAAGCCCUGCUGAGCCCGGGGGCUUCUGGCCUUCGAAGGUUCUCAGGGUGUGGAACAGGCCACACGGAGUUUCAACAUCUGGUCUUGCUCUAUAGAGCACAACGAGACGGACCACGAGACAGCUUGAUCCUCAGGAUUCGAGUUCCUCCUUUCAUCAUCCUUCUGUGGUUUUUAAUGUGAAGACCCCGAAGGACUCCAUUACGUAAUUAUUUUGCCCUUGUUCUAAAUAAUACACUAGGAAUUGUUUUAACCACUUCCUUCUCUGAUCUUUCUAGCUUUUACCUUCACUUAAUCAUGGUGUGGCAGCUCUGACCUGUCCUGAUUCCUUAGGAAGCUGGGGUGCAGCCUGAGACAGAAAUAGGUUUCCCGUGUCGGCUCAGGCAGAUUGGUGUAGUCAAACAGGAAGCAUUCAUGUAACAGACGUUUUCUCGGUGGGUGUUUGUAACUCUAAGCAGGAGGCUCUUUCAGCCCUGCCCUUUAAGUGGGCUAGUUGUCUCUCUUAGAGUUACUUUUACUGCAGCUUGUUUUAUUUCCCCAAGACAUGGUGGCGGCGUGUAGGGUGGUACAUGGUCCUUUUCUAGUGUGUAGUCCCCUUUGAUAUUUGGUUUUGACCAUCUUUGGAGAUUCGUAUUUGCAAUUGUGCCCCCACUGGUUUGUUCUUGAUCUAGGCAGGGACUAAUUCCCAGAGAAUCUAGGACUUCCUGGCCUGUUGCUGCCUCUCUGAGUAUCAGGGUAGGAUGAGCACCCAAAUUCACAUAUGUCCCCGAAGUUCAUUGUAGUCCUCCCCUCCCCCACUGCGUUAAGCCAUCAUGUGUGAGAAUGUGUUUGCUCAUAGCACCUUCACAAGUUGCCUUGAUUCACCCUAGUUGGUACAAGGAGGGCAUGAACGAGUCCCCAAGGCAGGAACAUUUUUUUUUGCUCCAUUAGUGUGUUUUUCCAGCCUCCUUCCUCUCUAUUCAGCUCCCAAAGGUACUAUGGCAGUUCAGCCUCAGGUACUGGAUGCUUCUCAGCCCCGGCUAGGAUGAGUAACAUUUUGGAAUAGGGAAAUAGGAUGGUGUUGGUUAUAGCCUAGGGCCUGGGGUUUCGUCUUAAGACUUGUUGCUCAGGAUGGUGCAGGGCCAGGGCCAAACUCUGUGCCCACUUUCUACCUUUUCUGCCUGCAUGGGGCCUGCCUGGAUCUCCCCUGAGCCUCUGUCCUGCCCUAAUGACGACACUGUGUGUGCCUUUUCCUCAGUGGGGAGCAGUGGUGGCUGUUUCUGACCCAGCCCUGGGGGCGGGGAUCAGUCUUUGAGGUUUUGUUUGGGUUGGGAGAAACUCCUCUGUCAGUUCCCCUUCUCAGGGACUCCUGAAGAUUCAGCCACUUCAGGCUGGUAUCCUUUCGCCCCUCGCUGGGUAUGCUGCCAGGGAGCCAACAUGACCAUUUCCCCAAGCUCCUCACCACUUUUGUCUGAAAUGUUCUGCACUGUACUUUCUACACAAAACUGUGACUGGCCGUGUCGAUGCAGUGUGUGUGUGUGUGUGUGUGUGUGUGUGUUUCAUCCUGUCCAUUGUAGGUUCCAAGAGUGGCUGCUGUGUGUGUGUGUGACAGGGAGAGGCUGAGGUCCUUCAGACAUGGAAGUUAUGUUCCUUCCAGCUGCUGAACUGGUGGGCAUCUCCUGAGAGAGGAGGAGUGGUCGGAGCUAUGGGUGAAUUGUCUUUUGUGUCUCCAAUGCAUUCAUUAUGUUGGAGGAAGUGCAGGGACCCAGCCCCACCCAACAGGCACCACUGUGGUUUGUCUGCUGCUAAAAUGGAGAAGCACGCACCCUACAGACUGUUCUCUGCUUCCACUGUCCCCCCAGGACCGUCCCCUGUGCUGUGAUAACAUUGCUGCAGGGGUUGGCCUGGGGUAGGGUUGUGGGACUGUUUUUCAAAGGGACCUACUGUAGCCACUUUAAUUUACGUUUACGAGCCUUAGUUCGAGUUAACAUUUGUGGGUUUUCUGUUCUGUGUGUAUCUGCUUAUAGUAGCACCCCAUCUGGCAGAAGUGGGCAGAAUGUCUUAACAAUAUCAUGUUAUUAGCAGAUGUCCACUGGCUUCUGCAGAAACGGUACUGUCUUGUUUCUGUAUUAGAAGUCACUAGUCUUGUGACUAUACUGCCGUGUCAUUUAAUUACCAGUUUUAUACUUUGAAAAUGGUACUUGCUCCUUUAAAUCUCAUCUUUAACCUCCUCCUUCCUGCAAUGUUCUCUUCCUAAUUGUAGCAAUAAUCUCUUAAAAACCAAUUAAAUAAUUAAAUGUCCCAAAUCUUA